AUGCCAAUUCGUCAGGCAAGAAAAGUUUCUUCCAAGUCACUUCCCACUUACGUAAACUCUAGUACUACGAGCUUGGCCAACAAAGAUGAUACUAAUAUAUCUGAGUAUAUGAAGCUUCGUUUGCUUCAGCCACCGUCCAAAGUUAUAUAUUCUCUAGAAAAUACUGUAUCUUUAUACAGGCGUUGCGGAAAUAUACGGAAACGCUUGUUGAUGAUACCAGGCCUAAAACACAUACUGGAGUUUAUACAUUCCGUUGCAGAUGUUACUCCUUUUAAGGUUUUACACAUCAAUGGAAUUUCGUACGAUGACCCAGUAACUGAAUUAUGGCUAUUUUGCCGUUUCGGCUAUCCUCUUUGCGCUUUAUACAAUGCGGUCUCUCCAGACCAACCCGUAAAUGUGAAUUCUUCUGUCACUUUGGAAAAUAGAAAUGCAUGUAAAGCAGAGCUUUACAGAUUUUUGUUAAUGUGCAAAAAGAAUCUUGGAUUCGGGGAUAAUGUUCUUUUUUCUAUCUCUGAAACCUUCAGCGACUCUACGUCCUCAUUAAUUAAGGCACUGAAAACCGUUGAGACUUUGCUUGAUAAAUACGAAAACUUGCCCGUUGGCCAACAUCUGAAAGCAACUAAAGAAACGUCACCAGGUAUGCUUCAUUUUCUUAUAGAAACCGGCCAAAGGGUUCUCGCAGAAAUAUAUGAGACGGAAUUAAAAUAUAUCCAAGACUUGGAAUAUCUGUCUGAUUUCAUGACUACAUUACAGCAACGCAAAGUAUUAUCUUUAGAAACGAUACUGAAAAUUUUUACUAAUUUAAACGAAAUCCUUGAUUUUCAAAGGAGGUUUCUAGUUGGGCUAGAAAUGAAUCUGUCACUACCGCCUCACGAGCAGCGUAUAGGUGCGUUAUUUCUUGCUUUGGAGGAGCGUUUUUCUGUCUACCAAGUAUUUUGUUUGAAUUUUCCUACUGCCCAGCAAUUAAUUAUUGAUAAUCAAGCACAGCUCACCGAAUUAGGCUAUCUCUUGGAGCCUUAUUACGAGUUUCCUGCGUUGCUAAUCAAACCCAUUCAACGAAUCUGUAAAUAUCCACUCCUUUUAUCUCAAUUAAUUAAAAAUACUCCCCUUGAUUAUCCCUAUGAUGAAGAAUUAAGACAAGGAAUGGCAUGCGUCGUUCGUAUAGCUAACAAAGUGAACGAAACCAGACGUAUUCAUGAAAAUAGGUCUGCGAUAACUGAGCUUGAACAGCGAGUUAUUGAUUGGAAAGGCUAUUCUUUAUCAUUUUUUGGACAACUUUUGUUGUGGGAUGUUGUUAACGUCUCUAAAGCCGACAUUGAACGAGAGUAUUAUGUCUAUCUUUUCGAAAAAAUACUUUUGUGUUGUAAAGAACUUUCCCCUCUAAAAAAGCAGGCACGCAGUAUCAGCAUUAACAAAAAGCCAAAGAGGAUGGAUACUCUCCAACUAAAAGGAAGAAUUUUGGUUUCCAAUAUUACUGCCGUUGUUCCAAAUACUAGUGCCGACCCAUAUGCUCUUCACAUUUUUUGGAGAGGUGACCCACAUAAUGAAUCCUUUGUAUUAAAAUUAAGGAAUGAAGAAAGCCAUAGGUUGUGGCUUUCAACUUUAGGAAGACUCAUAAAGAAAAAGGAGGGCCCACCCAUAGAUGCUCGGAAUGCAUCAUCUUCAUCACUUGGCCAUCAUGGCUUGGAUGGUACCAAAUCUGUGAAGAUUGGCAGCCCUUCAAAACCGUAUUUGAUGCGGACGCAUUCGCUUGAUGAUGCUUUCAACCAGACAUUAAGCUUCUCAAGCCCGAUAUCUAAUCCUAGUCCAUUUUCUAAAAACGGGAUUUCCAAAGGAAAUCAACGAACUAGCCCUGACAAAUUCGAGUACCCUGAUUUACGCCUCAAUGGUGAGGAAUUGACCAGGUCCGUUUCCGGCAACUCACAAGCCGCGUCAGAAUUUAUCGGCAAUGAUUCCUCAUCUGUUGUAUCUAAUCCCUCGGGAGCGAGCCAAACUUCUCAUCUGAGUCAGGUGAAUUCACUUUUAAGUGAUUAUAACUAUAGUCGCUCAAAUAUAUCUGGGCAACAAUCACAAGUUGGGGAUUCAGAAACUGGAAUGAUGGAUGACUUGUUGGAUUUUUCCACUGUGCGGCAAAGUGAUAAUUCCGAUAAUCGAUUAUCUUACAAUGAUGGGUCCAAUUCUCAAAGGGGUGAACCGGUUACUUCAGAUACACCUUAUAUGGCACGAUGUUAUUCAGUCAUGGUCCGUUUGCAACUUCAUGAUGUGAGUUUUGCAAUGAUUGUUCCACGAAAUAUUACUUUUGGCGAAUUGUUGAGCAAAGUGGAGCACAAGAUAAAAUUAUGUGGAAUUACGAAGGAUGAUGAUUCAUCAAGUGUUCGGUUAAAGUAUAUAGAUGAAGAUGGUGACUUUAUUACGAUUACUUCUGAUGAGGAUGUUUUAAUGGCGUUUGAGACAUGUACUUAUGAAAUGUUAGAUCCUAAACAAAUCAGGGGCAUGGACACUACAACCUUGCACGUUGUUUGUUAG